GAUUAUAAACAAUAAAAUCCUAAUCACAUUUUCACUUUCGAUUUCCCACUUUCUAUAAAUACCGGAAACACUUUCAUUAUUUUCUUUCCUAUCUCCACGUUUUCUGCGUCACCAACUUGUUCACUUUCAGGAAAAAAAAAAAAAAAAAUCCUCUGCAAACCCUAAACUGACGAAGAAACCAAAGCUCGGAGAAGACGAUCAUGGUGGAUCCGAGCUCACCCGCUUCCGAUCGGGACCAGCCCUCUUCUUCUGACCCGAAAAGUGGUAAGAAGGAUUAUUCGACGGCGAUCUUGGAACGCAAAAAGUCGCCUAAUCGUCUAGUUGUUGACGAAGCUGUCAAUGACGAUAACUCUGUGGUUUCCCUGCACCCUAAUACGAUGGAAAAGCUUCAGUUUUUCCGCGGAGACACAGUACUAAUUAAGGGAAAGAAGCGAAAAGAUACUGUUUGCAUUGUUCUUGCUGAUGAACAAUGCGAAGAACCGAAAAUCAGAAUGAACAAAGUUGUGCGUGCUAAUCUUAGAGUACGUCUUGGAGAUGUUGUGUCUGUUCAUCAGUGCCCUGAUGUGAAGUAUGGAAAGCAGGUUCACAUCCUUCCUAUUGAUGAUACCAUUGAGGGUGUCACUGGAAACUUGUUUGAUGCAUAUUUGAAGCCAUAUUUCUUGGAAUCUUACCGGCCUGUGAGGAAGGGUGAUCUCUUUCUGGUAAGAGGUGGAAUGAGAAGCGUCGAGUUCAAAGUUAUAGAGACAGACCCCGGUGAAUACUGUGUUGUUGCCCCCGAUACCGAGCUCUUCUGCGAGGGGGAACCAAUCAAACGCGAGGAUGAGGAGAGAUUAAAUGAGGUGGGCUAUGAUGAUGUUGGUGGUGUGAGGAAGCAAAUGGCGCAGAUCCGUGAGCUUGUGGAACUUCCUCUUAGACACCCACAACUCUUCAAGGCUAUUGGCGUGAAACCCCCGAAAGGGAUUUUGCUUUAUGGGCCACCUGGGUCCGGAAAGACUUUGAUUGCAAGAGCUGUGGCGAAUGAGACUGGUGCCUUCUUCUUCUUGAUUAAUGGACCUGAAAUUAUGUCAAAGCUGGCCGGUGAGAGCGAAAGCAACUUGAGGAAAGCAUUUGAGGAAGCUGAAAAGAACGCUCCAUCAAUCAUCUUUAUUGAUGAGUUAGAUUCCAUUGCUCCAAAGAGGGAAAAGACACAUGGUGAAGUGGAGAGGCGUAUUGUAUCCCAACUCCUGACUUUAAUGGACGGCCUUAAGUCCCGUUCACAUGUCAUUGUCAUGGGAGCUACCAAUAGGCCCAAUAGCAUUGACCCUGCUCUAAGGCGAUUCGGAAGAUUUGAUCGAGAGAUUGACAUUGGUGUACCAGAUGAAGUUGGAAGACUUGAAGUCCUUAGAAUCCAUACAAAGAACAUGAAACUAUCAGACGACGUUGAUCUUGAAAGAGUCGCGAGAGAUACCCACGGUUAUGUUGGUGCAGAUCUUGCCGCACUUUGCACAGAGGCUGCUUUACAGUGUAUCCGGGAGAAAAUGGAUGUCAUUGACUUGGAGGAUGAUACAAUUGAUGCCGAGGUGUUGAAUUCCAUGGCUGUCACAAAUGAGCACUUCCAAACUGCACUGGGCUCGUCUAAUCCAUCAGCCUUGCGUGAAACUGUUGUCGAGGUGCCUAAUGUGUCAUGGGAAGAUAUUGGUGGAUUGGAAAAUGUCAAAAGAGAGCUUCAGGAGACUGUCCAAUACCCUGUGGAGCAUCCCGAGAAGUUUGAGAAAUUCGGUAUGUCACCUUCUAAAGGUGUUCUGUUUUAUGGGCCUCCUGGAUGUGGUAAAACCCUACUUGCAAAGGCAAUUGCCAAUGAAUGCCAGGCCAACUUCAUUAGUGUAAAGGGACCUGAAUUGCUAACCAUGUGGUUUGGAGAAAGUGAAGCCAAUGUCCGUGAGAUUUUUGACAAGGCUCGGCAGUCAGCUCCGUGUGUACUUUUCUUUGAUGAACUCGACUCCAUUGCAACUCAGCGUGGAAGUUCCGUGGGAGAUGCCGGUGGUGCAGCAGAUAGAGUCUUGAACCAACUUCUAACUGAGAUGGAUGGAAUGACAGCAAAGAAAACAGUUUUCAUCAUCGGGGCAACAAACAGGCCGGACAUUAUCGACCCAGCAUUGCUCAGGCCCGGACGUCUAGACCAACUGAUCUACAUCCCGCUGCCGGAUGAGGCUUCUCGUCUUCAGAUUUUUAAAGCAUGCUUGAGGAAGUCACCGAUCUCCAAGGACGUUGACCUUGCAGCUCUUGCACGGUACACCCACGGUUUCAGUGGUGCAGAUAUCACUGAAAUAUGCCAGCGUGCCUGCAAGUACGCUAUUAGAGAAAACAUUGAGAAGGAUAUCGAGAAGGAAAGAAAGAAAAGUGAGAACCCAGAAGCCAUGGAAGAGGAUGACAUCGAUGAGGUACCGGAGAUUAAGCCAGCUCACUUUGAGGAGUCUAUGAAAUUUGCCCGCCGAAGUGUCAGUGAUGCCGACAUUAGGAAGUACCAGUCAUUUGCUCAGACUUUACAGCAAUCUCGUGGAAUCGGAUCUGAGUUCCGGUUUCCUGAUCGACCUGGGAAUACAGUGGGAGGAGUUUCGGACCCGUUCUCUUCUGCCGCGGGUGCUGCAGACGAUGAUGACUUGUACGGCUGAAAUUCAAGUCUUCGGCUGAAAUUCAGGUCUUAGGCACCGCACAAAAUGUUAUGAAUCACUAAUAGCCUGCACUUCCAACGCUUGUCUUGAAACUUUUUUAGUUUCCUAUCUAUGUUUCUGGAAAUCUCUGAUGUUUCAAGAUAACGAAUAUAAGAUAUGAGUUUAACCUCUUUUUUUUUUU